AUGCAGCCGACAAAGGGCAAAUCUCACGAACCACUUCUAUCAUCCACCGGCCACCCUCUCCCCCGACGAACGUCGCCGGAAAACUCAGUCACGUUGCGACACCAUCAGUUUGCUCGCGAUGCCUCCCUGAAAGCGAGUCGUGGCUCGGCUCCGCCAAACCAGACCAAUCAAGACGCGUCGUCACCUCGUCGAGCCUCGUCGGGGGAGAGCAACGAGACCGCCCAGAGCGACGUCAACAAGUGGUUCAACCAGUCUAACGAGAACCCAACAGCUACUUUUGACAACAACGCCAUGGACGUGGAGCCGCCGUUUUUCCAAAAAGAGUCCGACUCUUCAUUUGAAGACAAGUUAUCUCCGUCUCAAGCACCCGUGCCCGGAAGUCUGUCGAACGCCCGCAGCAGCAGUGCCGAAGAUUACCGAAGCGUCAUCGAUGAUCUGACUGUUGAGAUUCAGAAGCUAAAGGAAGAGCUGAAGCGCUACAAGCAGCAUGGUCCGGACAUGCUUCGAAAAGACAAGCUCUUUGAGAUCAAGAUGCAUGGCUUGCCGAAGAGGAAAAAGCGCGAAUUGGAGGCAACACUUAGGGAAUUCGCAGCGGGCCUAUCAGGCGAUUCUCCGGAGACCUCCUCGUCCCGGCGCAACAAGAUGUCGUCUAGGCAUGCCACGCGCGAGCGCAUGUACUCGGGCUCGACUUCCAUGUCGCGGUCCAAGCAUGCCUCGUCAUCAUCAGGGUCCAAUGCACGACCGGUCGAUUCAGCCUACGCCUCCAUGUCCACCGGCGCGGGCUCAUCUGGGACCUCGUUGAAUAGGCCUCAAGGGGGCUCGCGGUUCAAGUCGAACGAUCAGAAAGUCGAGAACUACUUGCGCGACAUUCCCGAGGGUCUGUAUCCCCGGCUUGUCCCCAUGACGGAGAAGGAGAAGAAGAAGCUCGUGGUCCGACGCCUUGAGCAAAUCUUCACGGGGAAGAUUUCUGGCAAGCAUGCGCGUCGAAAGCAAAUUGGCGAGCCACCUCCUGGAUCCGUCCCGCCACCAGCUCAGGCAACACCGGGCCAAGCUUCUCCCCGGCGCUCUUCUCUAGUGCAACUAUUGACACCCAAGCUUAGCACCCAUGACAGCUCGAAUCUGAUUUCUACUCUGGAGCCUUUGCGCGAAGCUCGAUUCCCUCCCGCGGAACUUCACUCUGGGCAAGGGGGAAAGAAGGCCAGAUCGCAGGACAUGGGCUCGGCGUCCAACUCCAACGAAGACCGAACCGAGUCUGGGGGAAAUGGUAGCGGUAGCGGUAGCGGUCUCGGCAACGGCGGUCCGGGGCCAAACCCCUCUCCGCCUAUGCCACCGCCUCCUGAGCAGCGGCCCACGAGGCCUAGGGACCUCGACCCUGAUCGCGCCCAGAUCCCAUCCGAAAACAUGGAGUAUAUUAGACACUUGGGUCUUAUUCCUCCAGAGCUGCUACCCAAUCCGCCGGAACGGAGCCUCGAUGACGUUCACCCCGACGAAGAAGGGUGGGUGUACCUGAAUCUCCUCUGCAACAUGGCGCAACUACAUAUCAUGAACGUCACCCCGGACUUUGUGCGCAACGCCGUCGUUGGCCUGAGCGCCAAAUUUCAACUCUCGCCAGAUGGUCGGAGAAUUCGAUGGCGCGGGGGUAUGGACGGCACCAAGUUCAGCAGCGACAGCUCGGGCGAUCUUUCGCAACGAAGCCCAGAGACGGAUGAAACCGGAAAUUCGGAAAGAGAACGUCGUAAGAGGCAGAAGACGGGUCGCUCAAGCGGCGACUCCUGGAGCCCGGCUAACAACCUGUCCAAAUUCGGGCCACAAGUUUUAGCAUCAACCGAGAGCUUUCACUACAAGCCUCUGUUCCUUCAUCAGCAGUCGCCCAACGGGCAGUCAUCUCCGGAGGAUGGCACCCUGUCGUCCUUUGGCCCCAUUGAGGAAAGCAAUGCAGACUCGCGAUGGGGCCAGAGCGGCUCGGGUACGUCCGUUCGCCACAAACGCCGUCGCGAUGGUGCCAUCAUCUAUUACAGCGGGGCUCCGUUCUGCACCGAUCUGUCGGGUGAUCCGGGCGAUAUAUCACCGGCGACGUACAUGCUAUCGAGCAGCAGAGAUCGGGUCGCGCCCCGGGCUCAAUUUGACCGCCCGAUCCCGAUCCGAACCGGAUCCGGUUCAUCCAUCGUUAGGCGGCCAUUGAGUGACGCCGAUCUUGAUCUCGGCUCCAUCUCCGAACUGGAAGUCGAUGAUGGGCGACUUGGCGUGCCAGAGCUUACGACGGACUCGGGAGAUGAAUCUAGCGAGCUCAACAUGGAAUAUCCGUGGAGCGAUGCGCCCCAGGUGCUUGAAGUACUCCCCCUUGAACCGUGUGGUCUGGGUGGUGUGCUACCAGAGGAUCACUUCUUGGUGGUGGUCACGACCAGGCGGUCAAAACUUGAUGCAUACGAGGGGCAGCGGAGCAAGCUGUCCGAUGGGACUACAGAAGGCAUCAUCAGCCGGUUGGCCGCGAUGUUCACGUCUUCGCCGCGCCCGUUUGCCCGCCGACUGCUGAUGAAGGAUGAACCGCCAAAGAUCCAGAUUGAGUACCUGUCGGGCCGCAUCAGGCGCUUGGAACCCGUGCCUCUUCCUCCGCCUGCCAUUUUUUUCCCACCUUUUAGCUCGGACUCGUCGUCCGAGGACGAAUCUGGAUCGGACGGAGACGAUGAGCUCAAUUCUUCGGAAGAGCUCAUGAGCCGACGCGCAAACCCGCAUCAGUCGGAUGACUAUUCCGACGGAGUGGACCUGAGCAGCGGUGAUGAAGAUGGCGAAGCGCCCGAUGACGAUGCUCAUUUGUCGGGGAAUGCUGAGCCAGACAGCAGUGGGGUGGACGAACUUCCACCGCGGGUACUCCGUCGGGUCUCUCACGGAUCCCGAGGCAGCACCGAGGCAAUUCCAGGAACUCUCGGGGGGAGAAGCAACAGCGCCAGCGCCAUCGCCGAGGGGAUGCUCCUCGCCGGAGGCAGUUCUGUGGCCACUGCAGGAGGCAUCGGGAGCGAUUAUUAUCACAGCAGCCCCGGACAAAGCAGUUGA